GUGGGAAUAGUCUUAUUCAACCGUCAGGGUAGGUCCUUUGGCCGCACUACGUGACUAUAUUUCAAAGCUUUGGAAACAUACCAUACCUCAUUGUGAUCAGAUUAUGAGUAGAGUACAACGUUCUCGAGACCAGUAACAUUAUUGUCGGCGAGUAUCGAAUAGCCGAGACAUCGGUCUGUACACAGUCAUUUUCGCCUCUUAAACCUUUGAAAAUGAGCAGUGACGUCGUUGCGACGACUAUAAUAUCGAUAUCAAGUGGUAUGCCUAUGGCUAGUCAAAAACCGCUAACAUGUUUAUGGCAGUCUCCCUGGCGCAUCGGUGAUCCUCUCUCGGAUACGAUCAGGCCGUGGGCAACUAGUUGCCUUGAAGCAAAGAAGCUAUGAAAUCUGAGUGAGAAGCUUGUUGGCCAGGAAUUUUGCUUACUAGCUUCUGUAAGCAUGUAUGGGACCUGUGUUCUCUACCUCGGCAUCUCGGAGUAUCUCUAGCAUAUGACGUAGGGUAAGGCGUAGCCGACACUUAUCAAUCAAAUCAAUCAGUUCACUAAUCGACAGACGAACUGAGUACCAGAGUAGAGCCUUGAUCUAAAAAAU